UGAUGAUCUGGCUACAGCACCUACAACUCACGUAAUGAUAAUCAAUCUGGAAGCUGACGGGCGAUGGGAUCAACGUGAUACUAAAGGGAAUACAGCGAGAGGAGAUUAAAAAGAUGGAUUGUGACUGUGAGAAGAAAUAUGGUGGCUGUUCACUACAUAGAUCAAAAUCUAGCUUCCAUGAAGAUGACCCUCAAAUGAAUUCAGUUCCCAGCACAUCAACUUUGCAGAACCCUGAAGUGCAUAUCAAAAAAAUCCCAGUGGAACUGAAAAGGUCAUUUCAGCACGUUCGCAAACCUCCAGACAGAGACAUCUGCUCCUCUGAUAGUCUUCCAGUCUGCACACAACUAUCUGCCAACCACUUUAAAGAUUCGCAUUCCAAAACAACACACCGCCAUCGUGGAUUCAGCCAAUCCUCUGUAUCCACAUCAAAAACCCAGCAAAGCCUGAAAGCCCCUGCGGAAGAUCUGUGUGCAUCUUUCCUCUUGGCCUGUUUGUUCUGCAAGUUUUGGGAUUGCGUGCUGGCCGUUGGAGACGGGUGUCAAUACUGCGUGGCAUCUCUGUGUUCAUCUAUCUGCAAUAAAGCAUGUUGUUGCAACCCUUCCACUUUGGAGACCUUCAUGGAUUUUUGCCCAUGUUGUGGCUGCACUGAAUACAUGGAGGCAUGCGGUUGCAGUUGUGCAGAUACGGCCCUCGACUGCUCCGUCUGUGAUCUCUGUUUACAGACGACAGAGUGUUUGGAACUAGGCAUGGAACUCUCUCAGCUUCUGUUUCAUUAACUGCUCAUGAAAUCUCACAUUCACUUAUUUAGGGAAUGCUAAAAAAUGAUGAUGUCACAUGCAUGAAAGUCUGCUGGUUGACUGUGGCUGUGAUAUUGCACUGCUGCAUUUUAUACUGCAUUUUAUACAUAACUUAACCAUACAGAUAUGCUGUCACUUGCACCAGAAUAUAAUACUCAAAGUUAUUUGUCCAGUAAUUUUAUUUAUUUCAUUUCUACAAUUAAAUCUUCAGUCAUUGUUCAUGUCUACUGUGAAAAUGUGACCCUGUCUGUGAUAUUCAGGCUAAAGUCUUGAUUUCAAUCAUUAUUUUCACAAUAAUUUACGUUUUUGACAUGACCAUACUGUCAAUAUAUUAAAGAAAUCAAGGUUAUAUUUUCACAGAAUGUUCUUUACAUUACGUCGGAGGUUUUAUGUUGAAAAAAUUCUUUAGCUAGGUUUUCAAAGGCAAGGGUCACAAACGUAAACAUUUGUUUGUAUGAUCAGUUGAAUCUGUUUACCUUUAAAAGGUCUUGCAUAUUUCACAAAUGUACGUUUCAUGCGGAUGUGAAUUGUGAAAUAAACGUCAUUGUGGUGAAACCCAGGAGAAUUGCAUUAAUAAUAAUAAUGUAUGUGUGCUA